CCCCGGGUGAUGAAUGAGGCGAGGGCGUGGCUGGCGGCCGCACGCGACUGCCGAGCUCGCCGUCACAACGUGAGAGCCCCCCCAACCCCCACCCCCAUGAGGCGGGGGAAGGAGCGGAGUCGCUGCUUUCCUCGGCGGCGCCGUAACGGCUGAUCGCCGCCGCCGCGUGUCCCUUUCUCCUCCAUGCACGGGAGGAGCUGCUGCCCCGCCAUCUGUUUCUUCCGCUCGCCGCCGCCGAGCGACCGUGGUAACCGAUUCCGGCUCUACGUCGGUGUGGGUGACCGAGCCGCCCCCGGCCGCCGCUCUCUCAGCAUGCCAUGGGCAACAGCUGGGCGGCGCAGUGGUGUUGCUGGGUCUUCCCGAGACGGGAAGCGGGACGGCUCCAACGAGGAGGAGGAGGAGGAGGAUCAAAGUACUUCAGGACAUGCUCAACAGGAGAACAUUUCACUAUAGAGUUUGAAAACCUAGUGGAAAGUGAUGAAGGUGAAAGUCCAGGAAGCAACCAAAGACCUCUGACAGAAGAAGAAAUUUCUGCUCUUCAAGAAAGGCAGUAUAAUUCCAUUGCUGAUAAACAAAGAACUUUAGAUGACAAGCUUCAAUCAGAGUUAGCCAUACAAGAGGAGAAGUUAAGAAUAGAAGAAGAGACUUUAUAUGCUGUGCAGCGUGAAAGAGCCAGGGCAGCAAAACAAAGAAAGUUCUUGGAGCAACAAAAGUUGCAGAGAAUAUCCCAGAAAGCAAUCCAUGGAGAUGCCCAAAGUUCUAUGGUAGAAGAAGACUUGGAUUCUUAUUUGAGAAAUGUAAAACUGCCAUAUGAAGCUUUCCGCACUAGUAGACUUUCAUCAGAUGCCACUGUUCUAACACCAAAUACAGAGAGCAGUUGUGAUUUAAUGACCAAAACCAAAUCUACAAGUGGAAAUGAUGACAGUAAUUCCUUAGAUUUAGAAUGGGAAGAUGAAGAAGGUAUUAACAGAAUGAUCCCUUUGAGAGAACGUUCAAAAACUGAAGAAGAUAUUCUCCGGGCAGCAUUGAAAUUUAAUGGCAAGAAAACUGGAAGUAACCCAACUUCUACAUCCGAUGAUUCUACUGGUUUGGAAUGGGAGAAUGACUUCGUUAGUGCAGAAAUAGAUGAUAACGGCAAUUCAGAGUAUGCUGGAUUUGUAAAUCCCGUUUUAGAACUUUCUGCAACAGACCAAAAAACUUCUGGUGUUGAUCAACAAGUGAGAUAAUGAAAUUGGCCAUUGGGUGCCUAGCAGAAUGGUUGAAGUUGGAAAACCUACAAACCUGUAUUGUGCACAAUCUUGUAAUCACUGCUGCUGCUGCUGCUGCAAAGCCUCCUUUUACAAUAAGGAAAUAAUGCAGUGACUGGUCUUGGUGACUGAGCUCCAGAUUUCUAUAAAAAAGAAGGAAUCUACGCUACCUUAUGUCUAUUAAACAAUAUGGUUUGCUAACAAUGUGGUUUGCUAUCUGAACUGAAUUGUAAGUGCAAUUUUUAUAAUUACCUUUUAAAUGUUUAUACUUGAAUGAUUCUAUUAUGUCUGUUUUUAGGUUUAAGCAUACAGCACCCUGCAUUAAAUAUAGUGUUACAGCUUAAUGUUUUAAUCAAUUGUCCUAUUUCAGUCUUUGGUUAUUUUUUUUUCUUUAAAUACAGUGGUACCUCGAUACUUAUCAUGAAUUGAUUCUUGCAGGUGUGAUGAGUACCAAAUUAAUUUUUCCCAUAAGGAAUAAUAUGGUGAGUCACAAGGCAGCCAACACAGACAAGUUCUAGCUUAUGCAUUGAGUACCAAACGAUAAGUACCAGGACAAAAUUUUCGUAUCAAAAUGCAUUGAGUACCAAAUUUGAUAAGUUUCAAAGCAAUUGAGUACCAAAGUACCGCUAUACCUUCAUUAGCAUAAUUUCAGCAGGAAAUCUGAUCACCACCUUUGUACCUGAAUUAUGAAACUAGAAAUAGGAAUUCGGCUAUGGCUUCCCAAGAAACAUAGGAUGCUGCCUUACAUUGAGCCAGUCUAUUGAUCUAUAGCCCAAUGUUCCAAGCAUUGGGACUACUUUCCCAGUUCUCUGGUGUUUCAAGCAAUUCCUGGAUUUAUCUGGAAAUGUUGAGGACAACAUGGUAAAAGCAAACUUCAUGUUCUGUUAUUCAGCUAAGGCAUCCCUAAUAGUUAUACUUUUUUUUAGUUCAAUUUGUUUUGAAAAUUAAAUUUUGGAAUGUAUUUUUUCUUUAUUCUUCCUGAUGUUUUACUGAGAUUAAAUCUCAAGCACAAUGUCUUACAUCUGAAAGCAUUUUAUUUAUAAAGCUAAAACAUUAUAAAUAAAAUUUAUCAUGGCAGUAAUGAGCCAUGUAACUACAAAAAUUUGGAAGUAUUAAAGACAUCUUUCUUUUAAAACGUUGGAUAUCAAAAUGCAGAGGUUUGCAUUUUUAAGGUUCCACUGUUCUUCCAAAUUAAAAUGAUAAACACUUAUAAUACAAAGUAGUUACUUAAUUUUUAAAUUGUGUAAAAUUAAUAUUGCAUAAUAAUUGGUAAUUUAGUGCUCUUCUGAUUUGUAAAGUAUAGAUAGCAUGGAUACUGUCUGUGGCUGAAUCAAUGCAAAUGCACAUUCCAAUCAAAGUAUAUCUUCUUGAAGUAUGUGAAACAUUCCAUUGUUGUAAUUUAAUUAACUUCAGUUUAUCAGAUUUAAUAACGUGUGAAAAUGAUAGAGUGAUGGCACCAUUAUUCAAAAAUGUUACUAUUACCAGUAUGGUUUAAUCCUCCCAAAAUCCUUGUACUUAAUUGAUUCUAACCAUUGAGACUAGAAAAUGCUUCUCAUAAAGCUGUUUUUCUGAUGAGACAAAAACUGUUUUGGAAUGAUGGUUACAUUUGUAUGAUAAAGCAGACAUGUCUCUCUUACAAGUAUCUGAUUCAUAACCAUUUUCAGAGUGUAACAAUACAGUACUGUAAAUCAGGGAACAGCAGUAUUUGCUUUCCUAUCUCCUUGAGUUGUUGAACUUCAUUUUGUUCUACUAGUCAUGCUCUAAGCUUCCUAACAAGAGUUUUCUUGCAAUGCAUUAACAAUGAAAUACCAUAGACACACAUAGACAACAUGAUGGCUUCUAGCAGCUGCUUCUACAGUAGAAAGGAAAACCAGAACUGUAAUACUGAAAAUUAUUUAUUUGUUUUUAAAAGUUUAUUUCUUUCAAGUUAAGCUUGACCCACAAAAAAAAACAACAACCCAGCCUUGAUGGAUAUGAAAAAAACCAAGUUACUUUCUCCCACCCACCCACUUCUUUUUUGCAACACUAUAGAAGUUGCAUGAAUAGAAGAAUAGCAUUUUUUUUUAUUGGCCAAGUGUGAGUGGACACACAAGGAAUUUGUCUUAGUGCAUAUGACAUGACAGUUUUCUUCCAGUAUUUUUCCCCACUUGUGUUUAGACUACAGCUAUGGUACUGAAUAGAAUCUCUGUCCUAAGUACUACUCAGAUCUGACCUUAAUUGGGUUCCAAGGACUGACAAAGUUAACCAGAGCUGCCAGCUGCUGAACAAAAGCUGAACAUCUCUUGCACCUUUGCUACCAAAGCAAUAGUGGUUUCUAAAACUACUAAAAUGCAUACACUAAUAUAUUCUACUUGGUAGGCUUGUGCUUGGCAUUUGUCUCUUUGCUGCUCUGUAACAAACUUUAUUAUUGCCACAUUAAUUCAUUAACUCUUUUAUAGAUUAAUGUAUACGUUGAUUCCAGAUGCAGAAUAUUUAUUUACAUUAUUCACAUCUCCAGAGUUAUGGGUUUGAAGAAGUCAGCGACAGUAAAGUUAUGUUUAUAUGUAAAAAUUUAAUUAAUGUAUACCAAAUCACCAUUUGAUUUCUUUUCCUGUGCCUUUUAUGUUUAAAUUAAAAGAUAGAUUUUACCAUU